AUGAGUAUGAACAAAUCUUCGGUGAAAUAUCCUAAAGUUUCACUGAUUGUUGCAACAUUAAUGCCGGAGCUUGGAAUAGGCUAUAAAGGACAACUACCAUGGAGUUUGAAGCAAGAGAUGAAGUAUUUCCGCAAAUUGACAACUACAACGAUCGACCCAGAUAAGAGAAAUGCUGUUGUAAUGGGUAGAAAGACGUAUAAUUCAAUACCACCUAAAUUCAGACCCUUAAAAAACAGACUCAAUGUAGUUUUGACCAGAAAUCCAAAAUCUUUAGUAGAGGAAAUGAAGGAGGAGCUUGAUGCAAACAAGGGCCAUUUACAAAUAUCAGGUUCACUACCAAAUACUUUACAAGAGCUAAAGAAAGCUGAAGAUAAUGGUGCCAUUGAGGAGAUUUUCAUAAUUGGUGGUGCAGAAGUUUAUAAUCAGCUCAUGAGAGAAAACUACGAUCUAAUUGAUUGUAUCUACUUGACCGAGGUACGAAAUGAAGAGACAUUAGAUAUGGAUGCAUUCUUUGAACUUGAUCAGAGUAAGUGGUCCAAAUGCGAGAGUGCGGUAUUGCAUUGUGAACUCGAAGCCAAAAAACUACAUAAAGAGUUUGAGCUGGUUGGGAAUAAUGAAAAUGGGUUUACAUACGAUUUCACCCUUUGGAAAAAAAAAGGAUUGACUGCCCAUAAAGUGGAGUAA